AAACCGUGAAGAAGGAUAAUGAAAUUCUAUAAAUGAAACGUUUUCAAAGUGUAUCUACAAAAGAAUUUAGUCUCCGUGUGUGUAUUUUAUUCACAAUUUAAGUAAACGUUAAGACUGAAUUGUUUACACAAAACUAAAAAGGCAACCAUGCAGAUAACGUGUUUAUUUGUAGUAUUAACAAUCUUUUUGACUCACUGUAUGUGUUGUAAUAUGAGUCAUAACCGUAUUGAUCCUACUAAUUGUCCUUGCCGUUAUUGGGAGUGUAGAAGACAACCUCAUUGCCGACAUAAGAGAAGCGUUCAGGAUGAUGAGACGGACAUCUUUACGGAUCUCUGUAAUUUUAACACUUAUGACAUCGAUGAAAAUGGAGAGAUAUCAUUGGAUGAGCUAUUAGCUAUUUCUGGAAGAAGCGAUGAAAGCCAGCGUCUCUUUCUGAGUUUAGAUAAUGAGAAAGAAGACGGGGUCAUUACCUUAAUCGAGUUCACUGCGGCUGCACCAAUGUACAUCAAAGGGUGUAAGGAAUCUGAUAAGGUCAACUAAAUUAUUUGGUUGGACAUAAUGAUAAUCAUAUGGCGUGUAAUUGGUUAUCAUUUAACAGACAAACAGUUUGCUGCUGUUGCUCUUUGUACAAUUUACCUUUUACUUCGUACCGUUGCUUAUUGCGUGCCUAAAACAAUAUCAUAAAGAUGUGUACCAGACUUGUGAAGCACAUUGGAGGAAAUAAUCUAAGUCAAGACUAUGAAUUCAUUAUUAAAAUGCAAUAAUAUUAGUAUUGAUUUUAAUAACUAUGCCUCUGGAAUCAAAUAAAUCUUUUUUUCACGCACAAAUCAUU